ACACUCGACUUCAAGACAAGCCUUAUUAAUGUACCUGUUUUUUGGACUUUAAGAUCAUCUUCUGAAGAGUGGCAAGAUCCUUCAACACUUGAGGUGUUGUUGUGAGUCGGUUGACAGUCCGUCAUCUUCUUGCCUUGUUUAGCUCUGCAACGAACCAGGCAGCGCUCCGAACAAAAGCCAGUGAACUUGACAUUGCAGAUAGCGUACAUGCGUUGUUUUUAUCUAUACAUUUCGGUAGGCCUACUGUUUUAUCGGUGAACAGUUAAACUGUGUCCAUAACAAUGAAUAAAUCUAAGUUAGCAAUUGGACUUUUUGUCGCAGGUACUCUGACUGCAGUGUUUGGGUUAGUUAUUUUAUUCGUUGGACCAAUCAUCAUUGACGACCAAAUAGUAAAGAACUUAGUAAUAGACCCUGAGAAUGAGGUGUCCUACACCAUGUGGAAGGACAUCCCUGUCCCGUUCUUCAUGUCUGUCUACUUCUUCAACAUCCUCAACCCCACCGAAUUCCUGGCGGGAGAGAAACCCAUGGUGGAGCAGAGAGGACCCUACGUAUACAGGAAGCGUCUUCAGAAGCAGAACAUCACGUUCCAUCCCAACCAUACAGUGUCGUAUCUUGAAUACAGGAGCUACUUCUUUGAGCCCAGCAUGUCAGUGGGCAACGAGUCGGAUGUGGUCACCAUCCCUAACAUGCUGGUGUUGGGUGCGGCGGUGAUGAUGGACAACAUGCCACACGCAGUGCGUCUCUUGCUCAGUGCCACCUUUAAGAGCUUUAAGGAGGGACCCUUCCUAAGCAAGUCUGUAGGGGAGCUGAUGUGGGGCUACGACAGCAAGCUGGUGGACUUCCUCAAUAAGUGGUUCCCUGGGAUGCUGCCCUCCACUGGCAAGUUUGGCCUCUUCUCUGAGUUCAACAACUCCAACACUGGUAUGUUCACCGUCCACACUGGGAAGGAUGACAUCCGGCUGAUUCACAAAGUGAACUCAUGGAACGGCUUGACCAAGUUGAUAUAUUGGAAGACUCCCCAGUGUAACAUGAUCAACGGUACAGCAGGACAAAUGUGGCCGCCCUUCAUGACCAAAGAGUCCACACUGCCGUUCUACAGUCCUGACGCCUGCAGGUCUUUGGAGCUGGUGUAUCAGCGUGAGGGGAUAAUGAAAGGGAUUCCCCUCUAUCGCUUUGUGGCUCCUAAGACUAUGUUGGCUAAUGGCUCAGACUACGCUCCCAAUGAGGGCUUCUGUCCCUGCAGACAAUCUGGCCUCCUCAACGUCAGCAGCUGUCGAUCCAACGCCCCAGUGUUCAUUUCCCAACCCCACUUCUACAAUGCUGACCCUGUGCUGCUGGACUACGUACAGGGACUUCAGCCUACUGAGGACGAACACGGGCUAUUCAUAGACAUCCACCCUGAGACUGGUGUGCCUCUGAAUGUGUCUAUCCGUCUGCAGCUCAACCUGUACAUGAAGAAGGUGUCGGGUAUCACGGAAACAGGGAAGAUCUCGGAGGUUGUGAUGCCCAUGAUCUGGUUUGAGGAGAAUGGCUAUAUGGACGGUGCCAUCGUGAAAACGUUCCACACCAACCUGGUGCUAUUGCCAAUGGUGAUGGUGUACAUGCAGUACUGUUUCCUAGGCCUGGGCCUGGCCACUGUUCUGGGAGCUGUACUACUACACUACAGCGGGAAGAUCAUAAAAUGUGAGAGGACUGUCAUACCGGACGCCAGCGUGAGCACUUCAUCCAGCGAGCAAACCCCUCUAAUACAGGACCACGUGGACUAACACGCAUGUAGGGGGCGAGCUGCCUAGCCCAGUUCUGCAGGACACUCUGUGCAUGUGUCCUCUCUCUCUCUGUGCAUCAUCUCUCUCUCUCUCUCUCUCUCUCUCUCUCUCUCUCAGCUAUAAACUCUCUCACCUGGUCCUGCAUCUGCUCCGGGAAACUUUGGAGACCUUCAUUCUGUUCAGUACUCACCGGUCAACAGGGAAGGGCAGGACCACCCCGGUUGGUUCUGCUCUCUGGUGGUGUCCCAUCCAAUCCUCCAAUGAGGAUCCACUAUUGGAAUACAUCCCCGCAUCCUCAGUCGUUGUUAUGUGAAUCCUUCCUUCGUCUCUUUGUCCUUCCAGUUCCUCCGAUGUUUUAACAACUUAGUAUCAUGUGUUUUUACUAUUCCUGAAAUGCCAUAGGAAACCACACCACUAGAUCUGUAUUGUUCUGCUUUCCUCUCCUCUGGUGUGUGUAGAAGUUGCCUGUAUGCACAGACCUAGGAUCAGAUAAUCCUACCCUUAGCCUUUUAGGGGAAGAAAUGGAAAAGUGACCCAAAAUCGGCACCUAAAAGCAACAUUCUACAAUAUCUCACCAGACCAACGAAUCAAAAAGUGAACUUGUUUCUGGGGUAAAUUCCAGUCAAUUCAGGAAGUAGACUGAAUUUCCAACUAUCUUCCAUGCUUUUCAAUUAGGGAAACUGGAAUUUGGUUAACUUUCUGACUUGACUGGCAUUUAAAUGGGAUUUACCCCCCAACUCGGGGACAAAGGCUUACCCACUCAGGCUGCUCCAAAAACACAUGACUUGUCGGUGUUCCACAUGGGAUAUCAUUUGUCUUUUUACCUAAGCACAGUACUUGACUUGGGCAGGAGCUCACUGGAACUGAGUACCGGCAACUCAAAUGUUCUUCUGCUUGAAUUCCUGCACCUCCCAUUGACUAUUAACUCCAAAGUAUUAAGGAGUUCUUGCACUUAAAUACAAACUGUACCAGCACCCAAAAUGAGUACCGGAAAGUCAAACACUUGCCUAAACAUGUCUACACCAUCAGAUAGAAUUCAUAGCAAACCGAAGGAAGGGUGUGUGAAAACAAAAGGGAUAUAUAUUUACAUUACAUUCUAUUUGGCAGAUGUCCUUGAGUGUCCUAAAAGGCAUCUUACAUAAAAUCUGGUGCUGUACAUAGGCCUAAAUGAAAUAGAUUUUAUGUAAUGAAUUUGAAUGAAUUAUUUACCGGGGAAAUCAAAAAAGAAACUGUCAGCUUACCAAUUUCAAAAAUAAUGGAAGGGUUCUUGCAUGUGUCACUUCACACUGAUACCAUGUGCAGUAAACCGUAGCAAUAGCUGUGUAGGCUAGGCUAGACUGUGUAGGAUACUCACCGUGAGCCAGCGGGAACUCACUAGCCAACAACGCUCACUGUUUACAAUUUUUUUUUUUUUAAGAUACCAUUUCUAAAAGAGGAUGUUGGAGCAUAUGCCAUGUUAUUUGAUCUUAGUGAUUUCACCAUGAAGGGCCUCCUGUCCCCCUCCUUUUUACUCACGGAUCUAAUUUAAGGGCCUUUUAAGACAUUUUCAGUAAAUUUAUUAAGCGCUUACAAUUUUGUUUUCAUUCAACACUUCAUUUUUUUUUUUUUGAAAUGAUGAAAUGCUCUUCUCCACUUCGACUCAUGGACAUCAAUCAGUCCAGUGAAAAAGUUAUUUAAAAGAAUGCUCCGAUGUGCCUCGUUAAUAAUAGGCUAUUGUCUUACCCGUGUUAAUAGCCUAGCGUGAGACUAAUUUUGAAAUAGAAUCCCUUCUAUGUUAUUUAUAAGGGUAGGCCUACGUGGAUAAAACUGGAGCUGUUAUUUAUAAAUGAAAAUAGGCAAAUGCAUGAAACAGUCAAAGCAGUAUUUCCAGUCAAUGAUUUUUAGGAAUUGAAUUGGAAACAGAACUGUGCCCUGUUUCUCUGCCCAUGCAUUAUAGUUAGGCCCUAUAGGCUAUCGGUAAUUUAAUUGUUCAUCAGAUACUUCAUAUACAAUUAAUAUUCUCACCCAUUACGUUAUUGUCAAUUUAAUCUAGUCUUUAUGCUAACUAUAUGUAAAAUUACUUUUGAUAUGGUUUAGGUGUAGUUUGGUUGGGCCAUCGGCUGCACAGACCUGAUGGGCAGGGGGGGAAUGACAUCCUCUUAAUAUCAACUAGAAUUGAGGUUAUAAGCAUUGCGAUUCUAACAACGAUCACGUGUUGGACUUAUUUAGGACAGGGGUGACAGCUUUAAAAAAAAAAUUUAAAAAAAUUAAAUGGCAGAGUAAUUGGAGAAAGUGAAUUUCCAGUCAAUUACUCUUUUGGCUCUUCUAGUGUUAAAGGGUUACGUUUGUGUCCGCCUAGUCUAUAGUCUCCUGGUUGCUGAUCCAGAGAAGUUGCCAAGCCUGUUGUGAUUAUUACUGCUAUAUCAGUGCGUUUUAUGUUCUAGUCUCACUCUAAUAAUUAUAGCUCUACGGUUUAUUAUGUGUAGUAGGUCUGUUUUUUUUGCCCACCUAAAUUUUAGCAGGCCCCGCCGUGAAUGGACUUCUGCCUAUGCCACUGCCUCGACCCCAUUUUUUUUUUUGUUUUUUUGCAAUGUUAGGAAUAACGCCUCAUUCAGAGUAAAUUAGUUGACCUAGAAAUGUCCCUCUACUGAUGGCAUAGGCACCAAUAAUGACUGACUGUUUUACUACACCGAAGUGCCUUUUCAAUUGGAAACUUCUCCUUUGCCCAAGCCCAAAUUGACUCCUAAACCCUUGCCACUCCAUGUAGAUUGGAGAGGAUUGGAUAGCUCUGGUAGAUCUGGUAGCUCUGGUAGCUCCACCUUGCCCUCUCUGGAUUUUCACCAUACAGCAAAUGCUCAUGGGCGUCCAAGGCUAGGGGUCAGGGGUCAAUUUGGAAUUGGGCCGUUUAUGGUGUGUCCUGUGUGUUGUGGCCAUAGACCAGGGGUGCUCAAACUUUUGGGCUUGGUGGGCCGAAAUAUAAUCUAAGUUGUGGGCCACGGGCUGAACGUAUAAGUAUUUAUUAAAAUAAAAUACAUUUUUAAAAAAGGAUAGCUUUUUAGUAAGCAUAAAACAAAAUCACACUUCAAAACAUUGUAGCCAUAUAACUUGAAACCCAACUACAUUCUGAUUACCACCUCACAGGCAAGACAAUUUAGUGUGUCCCCUCCCCCAGGGGCCAUUUUACAAAUGUUGCCAUGACUUAUGCCAUGUUCAUCUGAGUGCGUGACUAAGUAAACAAUCAGUGGGAGGCCCCUGGUGGUUAGGGCCCCUGCGCACAUGCCCAGUUGGUAGUUUGGUGAUGAUUAGUCUUCUACAAGGUUUAGGUAGUCUAGCCAGCUAUCUUAUCUAGCAAUAACAAAAAUAUGUUCCCUGACAUGGGCUACAUUACCAUGAGAGGACAAACCAAAUGUUGUUGGCCCUGCCAUAGACCAUACUGUACACAGUAAUAAUUCUGUGAUUGAAUGUAAAGAGCGUAGUACCUAAAAAUGCUUGUGUCCAAACUGUCUACGUCUCAAAUGGCACCCUAUUCCCUAUAUAAUACACUACCUUUGGCCAGAGUGCACUAUUAGGGAGCCAUUUGGGAUGUAUGUAUUGGGCAAUAGGGUGUCUUUUGGGACACAUAUUGGGGAAUAGGGUGUCUUUUGGGAUGCAUAUAUUGGGAAUAGGGUGCGUUUCGGGAGGCACACAAGGGUCUGGAUGCAUUUCACUGUGUGCUUUUUGACAACGCAGGAUCUUUCAAUGAGAGAACACAACAGCUGUUGUGAGAUUUGUGAAUUUGCACCAUCGUACUCCUUUAAGUGGCGAGGAUAACUUUGUAAAUAAAUGUGCCAUGAAUUGGCGUACAUUACUUCCA